CUCGACCAAAUAAGGUGAAUGAGGUGUCCUUGGAUAGCCUUUGAAGUAUAGUUUCAUAUUUGAGUGGUCUCUGUGCUAGAGGGGAGAUUUUAUCAUACAAAAAUCGAGCUGGAGUGAACUGCUGUCUGUAAACUCGAGCAGUGAGAGUGCUGAGUCUGUUUGGUUGAUAUAUAGAGUUAUACCAAUCCAAAUAAGGCUUUAGAGAUACCAAACGAAAGCUCUCAAGACGAGGAAUCCGUGAAGGUCUGGUGUGCAUCAAUCGGAAUAGUGGAAGGCUUCCAAAUCGUCCGAGCAAAACGCAACCUCGCAGAAACGGAUUUACUCUCCAAAAAGAAACGAGUUAACCGGAAAACACCCAUUCUAGGGGCUGUUUUCGUAUCAACGGUUAGGGGUUGAACUAGCACUUGAGGAGGCUGUUUAACACUCAUUUCCAAGCAAGGAAUCAGUUCUCAAACCUUCUUGGCCGAGGCUUUGGUCGUUGGAUCGAGGAGGAAGGUUUUAAAGCUCAUUUGAGCUCUUGAUCCAGAUGCAAGCCCGGACCCCGAAGGAGCCAACCACCCUCAAGAAGUCAUGGAUGACAGUAGGCUAUUUUCUGUGGGAGGUGGCGAUGAUGGGGCGCAAGAGAGGCGUGAUAAUGAACAGAGGAAGAAGCGGAAGAGGUCGAAGAAGACCGUUCAGGCAGGAUCUUCUGAGGCCGUUUCGCAAGGUAUGGAACAAUCCCAGCCUGUUCAGGAUGUCCCAUCUCAGUCCGUUCAGGACGUUCAGCCCGUCCAUCUAGUCGCCUCCGAACAACCUAACAUGGCUAACAUGCUCAUGGACAACCUGUUCGGUCCCGAGCAGUUACAGGAGUUCCCCGGGCACUUUAGCUCUGUUCCGGGUUCCAGUGCAAAAGCCCACCAGGCUGACCUGGUGGGGCGGAUCGAGCGGAUUUCUUUGGAAGAUCCCGCUCAUGAAAUUCUAGAGCGCAGUGGAGCGAUGGCGUCCCGGAUUUGGUCCACUGCUGCUUUCUUUAAUGGCCUCCCGCUCCCUCAGCUUCCAGUUGAGCAGUCGGAGGAGUGACUUGCCUUGACUGUCCUCAAGAUGGGGCUGUACAGCCUGCAAGUGCGAGAGGCCCAGCUAGCUAAGGAACGUGAGCUUAUCGUGGCCCAAGAAAAUGCUGAGCAGGCCGUCUCUAAGGCUGUCCAGGCGGCCGAGUUUGAACGCCUCUCUUUUGUUGAGGAGCGGAAGAAGCUCAAGGCCGGGCUGGGGGAGCUUCGUGUUCAGGUGGCUACCCUCCAGGCGAAGAUUGCGGCUGCUGAGGCCGCACAAAUCAAAUUCAACGAGCAUCCUUCACAGAUCCAGGACGGCCCUCCUGAGGUGACUGUGGAUCUUUCCUCCGUUCGGGAAGGUUUCAAGACUUCGGAGGAGUUUGCAGCGCUGAAGGAGCAGUAUGCCCUUGAGCAGCUUCCUGCCGUUUUUGGGCGGCACCUUGGGAAAUUGUGUGGCGAGGCACGCCAGAAGGAGAGGGUCCGGAUGCUCGAUCAGGAUCCCAUAGCCAAAGAGUGGGAUGAAACCCUUGCCCAGGAGGUUUACUCUGCCGGAUGCCAACACAUGUUGCAGCCUAUUCUUCCCCUUCUUGAGAAGCUCUUAGGUCGAGCAGUGCAUCCCUCAGACUUCCUUCACCUGGCUGCCAAUCACCUUAAUGCUCUAAAGGCCCAGCUAGGCAAGUGCAGGCGAGCUUUGGGGAUGGAGUCUAACCAGGUUGCUGAUGAGGAGGCUGAAGGUGAUGAUGAUGGUGAUGAUGACGAUGAUGAGGAUGAAGAUGGCCCCGAACAGUAGAAUAUAUUUGGCCCUUUAUCUGUACUUCCCUUUUUACCUUCAUGCAAAUUUUUGUAAUUUCCGACCAGUAGAGCCGAUGAAUACAAGUGGAAUUUUUUACCUAUCAACUUCAUUUGUAGUUCUUUUCUAACUUUUUUGCCUGUGGACUUAGUCAUUUUCGUGAUUUCUAUGUGCUCGAUCGAUGUAUUCUGGCUCAAAUAAUUGUAGGGUUACCUGUUCAGGACCCCCAUCUUGGUAAUUCACAGUUACUCUUGUAAAGGUUAGGUCUAAUCCCAGCUUUUAGGAUUUAGCCGUUUCCCUGGUUUUUUCACUCCGUUCGGGAGUGUAUCCUCUAGCCAUUGGGUUUUAAGCAAGCUUCAC